ACAUUGACCCAAAGAAGAAGUAGAACCAUAUCAGCUAUAUCGUCACCGGCACCGUUAUUCGUCUCAGGUGAGAAAAAUGGCGAAUCAAGGUGCUAAGAAGCGCAAGGAAGAGAACGCCCGUCACAUGGCCAGGAUCCGCCAAAUCAUCAUCGCCUGCAACGUUAUUUAUGUAGUAAUUAGGAUGUUAAUCUUUCAUUCCAGCAUCACCUGGAAGCAUUUUAUUGGCCUUGCUGUGACUUCUCUAGCAUAUUAUUUUCCCUAUCAACAACUUGCUAAAAUGGCGAACCCUAGUUACGCCGAAGAUGGUGAACUUCUUGAUGGUGGGUUUGAUAUGACUACUGGUGGAGUUUGCGGCUAUUUACAUGAUGUUAUCUAUAUCACAAGCUUUGUGCAAGUUGCGUCCAUCAUCUCUGGAAAGUUCUGGUACAUAUAUCUUGUGAUACCAGCAUUUGGAGCAUACCAAUCCUUUGGCUUCAUUAAAGGAUUUUUACCACAAGGUUCAGAGGAGGCGGUUGAAGAUGAAAAGACCCGCAAGAAAAGGGAAAAGCUGGAGAAGAAGGCAUCUAGACCCAAGUUUGUCAAGACACGAACUAGAUAGUUUGCUGGAAUAGAAACCCAGAUAUCACCCAAAUAUCCCAGAUUGAUGCAGCUUCCCUGUAACUUAAAGUUAGUUUUUCAUGUACAACAAUUUCUUUUUUUAUGCCCCUCCAUUUAGGGAAAGAAACAACAAGAACAUGUAUCCUUCACAGUUUACAAAAGUGUCUGUAAGAGCAGACAUCUAUGGGAUACCUGGAUUAAGAGUUGUCAAGUGCGCAAAGAUGCAUUACAUUAAGUGUUUUGAAAUAUUUCAAGCGUUAAUGGUGUGCAAUUGAGGAAACGGAUUUAACCUUGGUAUUGUAAAUCUCACAAGUGUUCUAUUUUGUUCA